GGAGAUGACGUGAUCCUCCAAUGAGACAAUUACUAUUUGUAUGCCAACGCAACAGCAAUAUUGGAUUUUGCAGACUCUGUCAAAGUAUUUUAUAUAAAAAGUAUGGAUAACAGUGCAUGUAAUAUUCACGUUCUACUACAAGCUGCCGAAUAUUUAGAGAGGCGAGAGAGAGCAGAAGCGGAGCACGGCUAUGCAUCAGUCUUACCGUUUCAAGGUAGAAACUUUUCACAUAAGCGAAGCAAACCGAAACCAAAGAAGAAUCCGGAGAGUAUCAGGACUGUACAUAAUGAACUUGAGAAACACAGGCGGGCCCAGCUAAGACGCUGCUUGGAACAGUUGAAGAAACAAGUGCCUUUGACUUCGGACUCCAUGAGAAAUACAACACUAAACCUCUUACAGCAUGCACGCCUACAUAUCAAGAAAUUACAGGAACAGGAUGAGUUUGCACAGCGUCUAAAGGACAAGCUACGGUGGGAGCAAAGAGGGCUACGGGGAAGACUGGAGCAGCUAUUAAGAGGUCAAGAAAGGAUACGAAGUGACAGUAUGGGGUCAGCAUUAUCUUCUGAAAGGUCUGACUCAGACAGAGAGGACAUAGAGGUUGACGUGGAGAGUACUGUAUUUGUCUCUGCUGACUCAGAAAGCGUGAAUUGUUCACAGAGUGAAGGCGACCACAGCUACUCAACUCCUAGUCAUCCUUGGUUGUGAUAAUGUGGUCUCUAGUUCAAUGAAAAAAAAACUUAAAGAAGACAUCUUCAAUUUAUUCUUUAUUUUGUUUUAAAGAAAAACUAUUUGGAGGACAAAACCUUCCUAAGCACUUAAUAACUGAAGCACAGUUGCCAGCAGAUGGUCUUCACUUCCACAAAUAAUCAAAAAUAAAUAAAUAAAACAUGAAUUUGUACACGUAAGGAAGAGGAUGCAGUUAGUACUAAUAUUAUCACUGUUGUUGGAGGUACUAUUUGGAGCUAAAUAGGGAUGCAAAAUAGCAAUGGUCAAAGUGGUACACCACUUUACCUAAAUGAAGAAUUUGUUUUUCAGUGGUUAUGCAAAAAACUAAGUACAGUGCUCUCAUUUAAUAUCUUGACUCAUCUGUGUUUUUGCUUCACUUAAGAUGUUUUCAUUUUGUCUUCUAAAGAAACCGUUUUGAUGCUUUUUGUUUUUGUUAGUAUUUUUAAACAGUUACCCAAAAUAGCAUUAAAAAUUAACAUACAUUAAUUAUUUUGUCUUUCAAACAAGAGACUUCUAAUCACUGCGUUAGCAGAGGUAGAAAUACAUUUUAAAAAGCAAACAAAUAGAAAAGUUUUAUUGAAUGAUAGGUACAUUUCCUAUUGUAAGGCUGGAGGCACAUUUUUGGAAGUAUAUAGUAUGUAAGCUUCUAAAUUCAAAUCAAAUCUGUGUGCUAUCCUUUUUGUGCAAUAUCAUAUUUCAUACCACAAUAAUGCUACAAUUUUGUUUUGUUUUUUUUUUUUUGGUAAAAGUCAUUCAGAUGAUAUCAGUUACUUCCAUUUGUGACCAGUUCUGACCUUCUUUUAUGGGGAACAAAGCACAAUUUAAUACAUUUAAUGGACAGAAAUAUAUGAGCAAAUGUGUUUAGAUUAUUGAGUUAGUGAUGAUAUCAUAACUGCCAUCUCCUCUGCUGUGAGAAGUGAUCAGUAUGGCACAUAUCAACUAGCAAAACAUUGUCAAGCUAAGGUAACUAGUGAAACUGUCCUUAACAUUAUCAGAAUUUUACUUACAAGAUGAAUGAGAUUGUUGGCAUUGAACGUUUUCUUAUUAUCCUCAAUUUUGUCCUCAGAACUGUUGGGUUCAUAAAAAAGCAUUUUGGAGAAUACAAAACCUAGAUGUGAAAAAUUAAAUUGUAACAAGAGCAGUAUUGAUUUAAAGUGAAAGCUUCAGAUUCACCAAGUAUACUUUUUAAAGCAGUAUUAGCAUUUAUAAAUUAAAGUAAAAUUACAACAGUUUAAGCACUGUUAUGACCAAAGUUAUGCUGAACUACUUGAUUUUUCCAAAAUAUAGGGAGUUUUAUAUGCAGUAUGUUAAAGUUCCAUUAUGGCAGGUCACUAAAAAUAUUACUAUACACAUUUCCUGGGCAAUGUCCGUUCAACUAAUAUGUCUGCUUGGGCAUGCUUACAGGUGAAAAUUGUGACAUGCAAAAGUUUGGACACCCCACUUAAAAUGUCUGUUACUGUGAAUAGUUAAGUGAGCAGCACUGAAAGGCAUACAUUUAGAGAUGACAUAUUUCUUUAACUCUUUCUUUAAGCAAGAUUGCAUUUUUAUUUCCAUUAUUCAAAGGUACAAAAUUUCAAAGAAAAUGAGAAAGGCCUGAAGCAAGAGUUUGGCACCUGAUAUGGGCAAUACUUAAAAACACCCCGUUUGGCAAGUGUUGUAGCUUGUGGCUUUUUUUAGCCAACUAAAAGUCUUUCAGUUCUUUCUUGGAGUAUUUUCACCCAUUCACCCUUGAAAAAGGCUUCUAACUCUGCAAGAUUAUUGAGAUAUUUUGUACACACUGCUAUUUUGAGAUCUAUCCACAGAUUUUCAAUGAUGUUUAGGUCGGGGGACUGUGA